GUUGGUUGAGGCGGCGGCAAAACUCUGACGUCACGGGGAAGUUAAAGUGUUGCUAAUUGAAUAGAAGUGUUGCAGUGUUGGUGCUGCUGUUAAGCAGAGAGUGCGGGCUGCGUAGCCGGAGUCUGAGUGAGGCAGGGGCUGCUGCUGGGGACAGUGCUGGCACAGCGCGCUCUGGCUGUCAUUAGUGGUUGUUACACAGAAUGAAGAAGCCAGGAAGUAAUUUUAAGCGAAGACUUAUGCCUGACGUCUGAAUUCUUUUUUUUCUGGGAAACCAGUGCUCUGCCCAUGCACACCUUGAUGGCCUAAAUACUGACACCUGCAUCUAUAGUUGCUGGGCCACUUUUUGGGUACCCCUGCCAUCACUAUUGGUUUUCUGCGCUGUUAUUUUAAAAAGCUCUUUCAGUGAUACAAUUGAUACAGAUUUCUAACUGGAUCUGGGGUUUCAUGUCUUGGUGGUCAGUUGAAGUGUCUUCCAUUUUCUUAUCCCACUAAGUGAUUAAUGGGGGGCAUCUCUGUAUCUACAAAUUUCAAAGCCAUAGUGGGCAAAGACUAUUUAGGAGGGCUCUCCCUGAAGUUCAGGCGAGCGUCUUCCUUGGUAUUUAAGGGUUUUCUUAACUCAAGGCAGUCAUAGAGGCUGCCACUAUGCCACCUGUCAGAGAGCACAGGGAUGAGUUUGCAGCCAAUGGUAUUGUCCAUCCAGCUCUGCAGAAUCAGCAAGAUAUAGAUGUAGGUCAAGAUCCACUAAUGGUGAACCCUGGAUUUUUAAGGCCGGAAGAGACAGAGGUUAUAGGAACCUUUGCGAAUACCAAAGGUGCGCAAGAAGAAGAUGCCUUGCUGGAAAAUGGGAGCCAGAGCACAGAUAAUGAUGAUACAAAUGUAGAUCCAUCUUGUGAAACAGUGGUACCACUGAAAGAGACUUCCUUUACCAUUGGACUUCAAGUACUUAUUCCUUUCUUAUUGGCUGGAUUUGGAACUGUGGCUGCAGGGAUGGUGCUUGACAUAGUGCAGCACUGGCAAGUAUUCACUGAGGUGACAGAAGUUUUCAUCCUCGUACCAGCUCUGCUUGGCCUGAAAGGCAACCUAGAAAUGACGUUGGCGUCUCGCCUCUCAACUGCGGCCAACAUAGGACAAAUGGAAACUGCCAAGGAGAAGUGGACAAUGAUUAUUGGUAACAUGGCACUGAUACAGGUACAGGCAACAGUUGUGGGCUUCCUGGCCUCUAUUGCAGCAGUUAUUUUUGGCUGGAUCCCGGAUGGCCAUUUCAUUCUGGAACAUGCUGUGCUGUUAUGUGCCAGCAGCGUCUCCACUGCUUUUAUUGCCUCUCUGGUUCUGGGUCUUGUGAUGAUUGGGGUUAUUAUUGGUUCUAAGAAACUUGGCAUUAACCCAGAUAAUGUGGCGACUCCUAUUGCUGCUAGCCUUGGAGACUUGGUUACUUUGGCAUUGCUAUCUGGCAUUAGCUGGGGACUGUACAAGGAGAUGAAAACAAAUGUGUUUGUGAACCCAAUUGUCUGUGUGCUGUUCAUAUCUCUGCUGCCAGUGUGGUUUAUAAUUGCACGGAAAAACCCAACUUCAAGAGAGGUGCUGGCAUCUGGGUGGGAGCCGGUUAUUAUUGCUAUGGCUAUUAGCAGCAUUGGGGGAUUGAUUUUGGAUAAAACGGUGUCUGACCCGAACUUUGCAGGAAUUGCCGUCUUCACACCAGUCAUAAAUGGUGUUGGAGGGAACCUUGUAGCUGUUCAGGCCAGCCGCAUAUCCACGUACCUCCACAUGAUGAGAUCACCGGGAGAGGAGACUGGACUUAUUCCUCGCAAGUGCCCCACUCCUUGCAGAACCUUCUUCAGCUCUGAUGUGAACUCUCGCUCAGCCCGUGUCCUUUUUAUCUUUGUGGUGCCUGGUCACUUGGUUUUUCUAUACACUAUUAACUCUAUGCAAGGUGGACACACAACUAUGACUUUGAUCUUCAUGGUCUUCUACAUGAUGGCAGCACUACUUCAGGUUCUGGUUCUCCUGUAUAUUGCAGACUGGAUGGUCCAUUGGAUGUGGGGCAGGGGAAUGGAUCCUGACAACUUCUCAAUUCCUUAUCUCACUGCUUUGGGUGAUCUCUUGGGCACUGGACUCCUGGCCCUUAGCUUCCAUGUGCUUUGGCUAAUCGGAGACCGUGACACUGAUGUUGGAGACUGAAUCUCAUCUACUUGGAUAGUCCAUACUCUAGGUUCAUCUGUGAACAUUUUGGGGACCGUUAUAUGAAUUGGGGAGGUUCAGUAGUUACGAGUGCAAUUUCCUUAAGACAAACUCAUACAGAAUUUUUGUUUGGGUUAAGCAAAAUUACUUUUGCACUCCUUUGUCUUGCACAAGGCCUGUAUAUGCAGCUGGACCUGCGUCUGAGCAUUGGCUGUCUGCCCCCUUCCAUUAUACGCUUAUACUUCCAGACGCCUUACAACUUCGUGUGCAUGUGUAAGACACUACUUGUCUUCUGUCUUUUUGGUUUUGCUACUUUGAGCAGGCAUUGCUUUGUACCUCCUUUUAAAAUGUAAUGUUCUUUCUAAAUCAAGGAAAACUAGUCAAGUGCAUAACAUGUUUACGCUUUAAACAGGCCUUUUUAAAAGAUUAAUGUCUUGUAAAAGUCAUAGCAUAUCUUAGUCCGGUUGUGUUCUCAAAAGUACAGCUUGGUAAUAAAAAUAUCCAAGCAGAAUACAAAACCCCCCAGUCUUCGCUCAAGAAAAAUCAUUGACCCCAUAUACAAUUACUAAGAAAGGGCUAGGGACCAUUGUAGGAAUAAUAUGCAAAGGUGAAUAUAUUAUACACACAAUUUUUCCCUCAUGUGAAAGUCUAAAACAGGGGUGUCAAACUCGUGGCCCUCCAGCUGUUUUGGAACUACACAUUCCAGCAUGCCCUGCCACAGUUGCAGCCGUCCCUAAUACAAAAUAGAUGGCAAGGCAUGCUGGGAUGUGUAGUUUCACAACAGCUGGAGGGCCGCGAGUUUGACACCCCUGGUCUAAAACAUGGGUCUUCAACCUGCGGCCCUCCAGCUGCUGUGAAACUACACAUCCCAGCAUGCCCUGCCUCAGUUUUAGCAUACCUUAAUAGCAAAACUGUGGCAGGGCAUGCUGAGGUGUGUAGUUUCACAGCAGCUGGAGGGCCGGGCCGCAGGUUGAAGACCCAUGGUCUAAAAGAUAGUAUUUAAGUGUAAAUGGAAAGGCUGCUGAGUAUCUGGUGCACACAUAUAUCUUGUCUGCUUGUGAUACUGUUACAGUGCUGCUGUGGACCUAAGCCAUGGCUUCCAAUUUCUGCUAAUUCUCUAGCAGCUUCCCUCUCUAUGACGAGGCAUCUUUGUUACUCCUAUGUCCACACAAUCUUUGACACUUUAUUAAUGGGAUUAAGAUUGAUCUUUUUUCCCACUUGUGCAUGUACUUCAUUGAUGGAAUUUUCUGCAUGUUUUCAGUGGAGGUAAUGUACGCCUUUUUAUAUAUUAUUAUUAUUUUUUGUGGGGGAGAUACAUGAGUAAAUGGGACACCACCUUUUUAAAAACAAACUCUUAAAACCAAUGCCUUUUGUCAGGAUGUAAUGUAAUUCCCACAGCCUUUAGAAGGAAAUAGGUUAUCUUCUAUAGUUGCCAUACCCAAGUCUCCUUACACUUCUAACCAGUCUUUCCAGACAUUGGCUGAUGAACUGAACCCUUGUGGGCUGUAAAACUAUCCUAAGACUAGAUGCAGUGAAUGCGCAAUCCUGCUUUUCACAAUUUUUUUUUUUUGUAAUGGUGUCCAAGGUGUGUGUUUUUUUUUAUUUUGUUUUUUUUGUUCACUUCGGCCUGCUAAUGGAUUUAGAACCAAAGCAUAGUUUGGGCACCUUCAGUCUGUCCAUACCACUACAGGGAAAGUCCAUUAUUUUUUUAUUUUUUAGUUGUGACCUAUUUCUCAUUUUGAGGCUCUUGCUGAAAAGAUAACCUUGUAUUAUCUAAUAAGAUGCUGAUUUAUGAGCUGGUCGACAUAAAAUCUGCACUAAUACCAGGGAUUAUAGCAAAAAGUAUAUUUUUCCAGAACCUCAAAGGUUGUUCCGUGCAGCUGGUUUUCACCGUAGUGAUAUGUUCUGGAGGGGGUUGUGAGUGGGAGUACCUAUCAAAUGCAGUUAUGGUGGUAUCCCAUUGGCCCAGCUCACAGCCCAUCAUGCAGCCAUUGUGAAAAGUGUACACUUAUAUGAUGCAGCUGUAAGGUUUCACAUCUGCAGCCUGAGUGCUUCUAUUAAAACUAAGAUUUGUUCAAGGCUUGUAUGUGAUUACUUUUAUAACUGGAACAAGAUAAGAAUUCCCAACUUGUGUGCAGCAGUCUCUGAAAUUAAUUGUAUUGCCUCAUGAUUUGCAGCAGUAUACUUAUUUGCAUAGACUUGAGCUGCCAUAUUAAGACUUUGAAUGAUUAAAUUAUAUUUGUUUAUGGAAAUAAAGAUAUUUAAUAAAAGUUAUUUAAAUAUAGAAUUCAUUUGAACUUUGUUUACUGCAAAACAUAUGUAAAAUAUUUAGCAAUAAGGCGUGUAAAGAACAAAAAAUAACUACCAAUUUACCAUGUCAAUCUGUCAUCAUUUCCUCUAUCGUCCAGUUGCUGGUUCUCAUGAAAAACUCUGCAAUAGCUCGGUAUGUAACUGUUAUCUUUGUUACAGUUAAUCUGUUUGCUAUUGUCUGGAAAGGGGGGAAUAAAGCAAAUGUAAACCUCCAUGAAAGCAAAAGAAAUUGUGGAGUACAUUCAAACUGUUUAAAUUAAAUUAUGCGGCUUGUUCAAGGA